UUCUUACGUCGCCCUUCCAAGGAAUCUCAGGAAGGCGCCGCGUAACAGUUCACAUGACUAGGACAUCUAUUAUCAAUAUUUCUGCCUCUAUCUAUGGAUGUGUAAUUGACCAUUGGUGAGAAAAGGAAAGAAGAAAACUGGAGGGGCAGUUUUACUUACAUUGAAAUGAUAUAAAUUCAUGUAACAACAGACAACGAAAAGCAAGUUUUUGAAAGCUUUAUCUUAAUUUUAUUUUAGUUGCUCAACAAUCCAAUUAUAAAGUCCUGUGUAAAGAAUUACCAACCCUAAAUUCCUGAAAAGUUUAAGAUAUCAGAAAAACAACUACAGUAUAAAUUAUUCUGGUCAUAAAGCAAAACUAAACAUAUGAAAAAAUGAAUGAUGUAAUGUUAUCGAAUUUAGGAAAACAUUAGAUAGAGUAAAGCUAACAUCCCAGAUCAUAUUCGAAAACAUAAUAAGAAAAUUAGCAUUGUACCUCUUCUACCAUUUUAUUACGAAACAUCAUUAGUUAUAUAUAAAACAACAUAAACUGUUAGUCUAGAUUAACAGAAACCAUCUCAAUCUUGGCUUCAAGUUAAGACAUCUGGUAUUAUUAACCAUCGAAACCAUUUCUCAUUUUGGUUCUUUGUUUAUCACAACGAACAUAUCCACCUAAUUGUUCAUCAGAUACAGUCACCCUCGCAGUCGUAAGGCGGUGUGCAUGGAGCUUUUAGAAUAGAAAUCAGAGCAAAGAGCUCAUUCGUGUUCUUUUGGCUUCAAAUUCUGUUGGUGUCAUCUAUUGUUAGUGUUAUUAAGCUAAAAGGUCGUUAUCUCUGUAAGUUUCAACAGAGCACAUGCUCUUCAAGUAAAAAUGUUGUUGCCUUCUAUCCUAGUGUCUAUGCAGAAACUUUCAAUUAGAUUUUAUCAUUUGUCAUCCAUAUAGUGACACGCAGGAUAAUUAAAAGCAGUGAUUAACUUUGAAAGUUUGUAUCGUCUAUGAAACAGUGCUUUAAAUACGCCUUUUUAUGCAGGAUACCGUGUUUGACCCAGUAUCUCUCACUUGUGGCCAUAUCUUCUGCUAUAUCUGUGCUUGCAAAGGUGCAUCCGUGACCAUAGUGGAUGGACUGCAGGCGGCAAAUCCUAAGGAAAAAUGCCCUCUCUGCCGAGAGGAACGAGUUUAUGAAGGUGCUGUGCGUCUAGAAGAGCUUAACAUUCUAUUGAGCAGAAGUUGCCCUGAGUAUUGGAAAGAGCGCCUUCAGACCGAGAGAGUAGAAAGGGUUCGGCUUGUUAAGGAGCAUUGGGAUAAUCAGUGCCGGGCAUUCAUUGGCGUCUAAGUUAAUAAUAUCUGUGUCAUGGUAGCACUAGAAUUGCGUAGUGGCAUUUGGUUCUGCAUUUUCUUACAUUUUCCUAAGCUCCUGUUGUGUAUGCCUCAACAAGUGCUAGUAUCUGUAAAUAACUGCAUAUUUUUGUAAAUGGUACGCCUUUUUGAGUUUAAGCAUUCAUGCUCA